AAACCUGGUGGUGUGAAUUAAAAUGCUUGUGGUGGAGAUGGUGAGAAGCUAGUGGAUUUCAAAACAUGGGGCUGGCGGAUGGAUUGGAUGUGAGGAGGAAGGCAAAGAGAGAACUUCAGGAUGAUUCCUAGGUGUGUGGCUGAGCAACCAGGCAGUGUGGCCCUUUACUGAGAUGAGGAAGAUGGAAGAAGAUGUAGAAGUGACUCACUGCACCAGGCAGGGCAUUCCUUUUAAGAGAGGUGGAAGGCAGGACUAGAGUUUAGGUCAGGAAUGGCAGUUUAUUGCACCUGUGCUGCCCCCUCAAGCCCCUCCCCACUCCCUGAAUCUUAGGAGACAUUACUAGUUAAUCAUGGCACUCUUUUCCAAGGAGCCCAGAUGAGCCCUAAGAAUCUUUCUCAACGCAGUGCAGGUUGUGUCCUUCAUUUAGGCACCAGCCAGAGGCAGGAAUCCUGGUUUGGUUUCAUCUGCAUCAGGAGGGGCACCUGUGUCUAAUUUGAAUUUGCAGAAAGGUGUUCAGUGACCCUGUUGGGACUCUGACACAACCUAAUUUUCCUGUGUCGGCAUGUGAGAUUAAACCUAUUUGCCACUAUCCAUGUUACUGGUUACAUAUGGCUAUUUAAAUCUUAACUUUAGUUAAUUAAAAUAAAAUAUUUAGUUCCUUAGUUGCUCUAGCUGUAUUUCAAGUGCUGGAUGGCUACUGAACAUUUCCAUCAUCGCAAGUUUUAUUAGAGUGGGUCUAGGUAUGUAAAUGUUUAAAUUCUGCAUCCUGUUCUCCUCUAAACAAAUGUAAUAUUUUUCCAUUGGUAGCCUGCCCACAUUCUUGGGCAGAGGAGGGGCUUAGUUUUCACUUUGGUCGCCUCUGCUAUAGCCAUGGUUGAGGGUCCUGUGUUUGUUCACUACCAAGUUCAGCAGGUUCUCAAAAGAGAAACCCAUUGAUGUUUCAGUGAUUGGCAAAAGAGGUAAUCAUGGGAGAAUACAUCCAAGAGGACUUUUAGGGGGAGCAACUUAAGCUGUAAGUAAAGGGGAGGUAAGAGCGAGAGAAAAUUGAUUUUUAAAUAUGUGGCUGGGCACAGUGGCUCACGCCUAUAAUCCUAGCACUCUGAGGAGGCUGAGGCUGGAGGAUUGCUUGAGGCCAAGAGUUCAAGACCAGCCUCAGUAAGAGCAAGACCCCCAUCUCUAUUAAAAAACAAACAGAAAAAUGGCUCAGUGCUCAUAGCUCAGCAGUUAGGGCACUGGCCAUUUACAUUGGGGCUGGUGGGUUCCAACCCGGCCUAGGCCUGCUAAACAACAAUGACAACUACAACAAAAAGCCAGGCAUUGUGGUGAGCACCUGUAGUCCCAGCUACUUGGGAGGCUGAAGCAAGAGAAUCUCUUAGGCCCAAGUGUUUGAGGUUGCUGUGAGCUGUGACGCCACCACAUUCUAGCAAGGGCGACAUAGUAGAACUCCGUCUCAAGAAAAAAAAACCCAGAAAAAAUUAGCCAAGCAUAGAGGUGGACACCUGUAGUACUAGCUACAUGGGAGGCUGAGACAGGAGGAUUCCUUGAACUCAGGAGUUUGAGAUUUGCAGUGAGCUAUGAUGAUGCCACUGUAUACCUAGCCCAGGUGACAGAGGCAGACCCUUCCCCACCCCCACCCCCCGCAAAAAAAGAAAAAAAUGUGUCAAUUUGUGCUAGGCCCAGGUAGAGUUUAGGCAUUCCCAUUUAAUCCUCAAACAAUGCUAUGAAGAUAGAAUAUUUCCCAGUUUACGAACCGAGGCUCCAAAGGUUAAAUUCUCACAGCUUGUCAAGUCCCUAAACAAGCAUUUGAACUUAGCCCUGGAGGUUCUGAAGGGAACAGAAGGUGAUGAGAAACAAAACAGGAAGUCAGGGACAGAAGAGUGGGAGGGUGUAGGGGAUGUCCACAGAGGGCCUAAUGUGUGCUGGAGCUUCUGCCCAUGACUCAGCCUCCUUCAGUCCCAUGGGAUCUGAUUCAGGACACAGAGUUGCAGAGGAAGCUAGACCAUGAGAUCCGGAUGAGGGAAGGGGCCUGUAAGCUGUUAGCAGCCUGUUCCCAGCGAGAACAGGCUCUGGAAGCCACCAAGAGCCUGCUAGUGUGCAAUAGCCGCAUCCUCAGCUACAUGGGCGAGCUACAGCGGCGCAAAGAGGCGCAGGUGCUGGGGAAGACAGGCCGGCGGCCUUCUGACAGCGGCCCACUUGCUGAGCGCUCUCCUUGCCGAGGCCGCGUCUGCAUCUCUGACCUCCGGAUUCCACUCAUGUGGAAGGACACAGAAUAUUUCAAGAACAAAGGUGACUUGCAUCGCUGGGCUGUGUUCCUGCUGCUGCAGCUAGGGGAAUGCAUUCAGGAUACAGAGAUGAUCCUAGUGGACAGGACACUAACUGACAUCUCCUUUCAGAACAAUGUACUCUUCACCGAGGUGGGACCAGACUUUGAACUACGGUUGGAGCUAUAUGGGGCCUGUGUAGAAGAGGAGGGUGCCCUGGCUGGCACCCCCAAGAGGCUUGCCACCAAACUCAGCAGUUCCCUGGGCCGCUCCUCAGGGAGGCGUGUCAGGGCAUCGCUGGACAGUGCAGGGGGUUCAGGAAGCAGCCCCAUUUUGCUCCCCACCCCAGCUGUGGGUGGUCCUCGUUACCACCUCUUGGCUCACACCACACUCACCCUGGCAGCAGUGCAAGAUGGGUUCCGUACACAUGACCUCACCCUUGCCAGUCAUGAGGAGAACCCUGCCUGGCUGCCCCUUUAUGGUAGCGUGUGUUGCCGCCUGGCCGCUCAGCCUCUCUGCAUGACUCAGCCCACUGCAAGUGGUACCCUCAGGGUGCAGCAAGCUGGGGAGAUGCAGAACUGGGCACGAGUACAUGGAGUACUGAAAGGCACAAAUCUCUGCUGCUACCGCCAACGUGAGGAUGCAGACACUGGGGAAGAGCCGCUGUUCACUAUUGCCAUCAACAAGGACACUCGAGUCCGGGCUGGGGAACUGGACAAAGUCCCAGGACAGCCCUUUACCCUAAGUGUCAGUAACCGGUAUGGGGAUGAUGAGGUGACACACAUCCUUCAAACACAGAGUCGAGAAGCCCUGCAAUGCUGGAUGGAGGCUCUGUGGCAGCUUUUCUUUGACAUGAGCCAGUGGAAGCAGUGCUGUGAUGAAAUCAUGAAAAUUGAAACUCCUGCUCCCCGGAAACCACCCCAAGCAUUGGCCAAGCAGGGAUCCUUGUACCAUGAAAUGGCUAUUGAGCCACUGGAUGACAUCGCAGCAGUGACAGACAUCCUGGCUCAGCGGGAGGGAUCAAGGCUGGAGACACCCCCACCCUGGCUAGCAAUGUUUACAGACCAGCCUGCCCUGCCUAACCCCUGCUCGCCUGCCUCAGUGGCCCCAGCCUCAGCCUGGACCCAUCCUCUGUCCUGGGGGCGACCCCGAACCUUUUCCCUGGAUGCUGUGUCCCCAGACCAUUCCCCUGGGGCUUCUCGCUUGGUUGCCCCUCUCCCUGUGCAGCAAUCCCCACAGUCCAGAGGCUUCUGCAGCAAAGGCCUAGCCCGCACCUGGCUCCAGUCACCAGUUUGAGAUAGAAAGGUCCUGGCAACGGGAUCUUGCCAGAAAGGAAAAUGACUUAUGUGCAAUUGGGCUCUGGAUACGGCACCGUCUGUAACAAGUUAGCCAGCUUGGCCUCCUUUUCCUGUGCUGGACUGAGGAUAGAGUGGAGAGGGGGGCAGAAGCUCCUCUUAAGAUGUGGUUGCCAUGGUACUGAGGGACACAUUCCUGGGGUUGACUAGGACCACCUAAACCCUUCCUGGGAGAAAACUGGAACCGACUCUGCCCUCCCUCCCUGCACUAACCAGCUUUGAGGAUGGCACUGAAGAGCCCUGGGAGGGAAUGUAUCUCCCUUGUGACUCCCACAUCAACCAUUAAAAUUAUUUAACAGCA